GCGUGCGUGUUUUUAAGAGGAUACUUUUAGAGAGAGGUUUUCGGCGAGGAAAGUAGAGAGAGAGAGAGAGAGAGAGCUUUGCUUAGAUAUCUUAUUGUUGGCGGAUUCUGUAGCAGACCGGAGAGAGAGAGGAGAGGAGAGAGAGAGAGAGAGGGCAGUCGCGCAGUCACGCUGUGUUACAUCUGAUUUUUUAGAGAGAGAGAGAGUGUAGAGAGAGAAAGAGAGGCUAUGAGUAGCGGAGGAGGAAGCAGCACCAAUGGUGGCAGGGUACAAUCAAUCCCAUCGGCGUCGAGGAAGAUGGUUCAGAGUUUGAAGGAGAUUGUAAACUGUCCCGAACAGGAGAUCUACGCUAUGCUCAAAGAAUGUAAUAUGGACCCUAACGAGGCCGUCAACAGGCUUCUAUCUCAAGAUCCUUUUCGCGAGGUGAAGAGCAAACGGGAAAAGAAAAAAGAGAAUAAGGAAACAACAGAAUUCAGGUCUCGUGGUGUCAGUAACUCUUCAAAUCUCCGCAAUAGGGGUGUCAUAGAACGUAAUAUUGGACGUGGUAGUGCAACCCAAUUCAGGGCUCCUGAGUCUGGUGCUUUGCAUGGUAAACCUGCACUUAAGAAGGAAAAUGGAACAAAUGCUUAUACAAGUUUUUCAUCUUCAACACCUGGAAUGUCAGGAUAUAACAUGAAUCGGCGACCUCCAGCCCUCAGUGAUUCUGUUAUCGCUGAGGAUAAAGGGUCAUCGAUAGGAACAGUUGAUGGUAUCUCAUUGUCUUCGCAGCCUUCUUCUGGCCAACAACCUGCCUGGUUGGGAGUCCCAGGUCAAGUGUCAAUGGCUGACAUUGUUAAGAUGGGAAAGCCGCAUGGCAAGGGUUCCAGCACACCUAAUCCAUCUCACCACGGUUUUAAUCAUCAUUCACAUAACGAUUUGCACUCUUCUGAAGGUCAUGCUUUUACAGGCCAGCAUGUUUCUCCCAAUGAUGAGUGGCCAUUAAUUGAGCAGCCACAAGCUGCUACCAUGUCCUCAGUGUUAGAGCCUCGUGCGGAUUCUGAGCUGCAUGCAAAUCCAUCUAAUUUGUCCUUUGAUAGUAUUAAUCGUCCCCAGUCCCAGGCAGAUGAGGUUUGGGCAGAAGAAGAUGAUGCUACUGUUGAAAAUCCCAUUGCAAACCAUGUUGGACCUGCUAGUGUGUCCAGUAGAAAGAUGGUGGAGGAUAAUACCAGAGGGGCAUCUAUUGUUAAUAAUGACCUGUACAAAAACACAGGUUCCUACAAUUCUCAAAGCCAUGUUUUUAAGCAUCAGGAAGUUGAAGAUGCUGGUUGCUCAGUAUCGUCAGUGACUUCACAUGUUCAUCAAUUAAGUAUACAGGAGGAGGAUCAGGGGGCACCCCCGGAAGGGAAUACACCCUCUCUAAUAAUUCCACAUCACCUGCAAGUCCAAUCUGAAGACUGUUCGCACUUGAGCUUUGGUAGUUUUGGAUCUAGUAUAGGUACUGGUUCUUCUGGGCCUUCUGCAUCUAGGCCCAUGCAAAGUAACUUGGAAGAUGAAUCUGCAGAUGUAGAUGCUUCAUCAAUUGGGCACUCGGACACUAAAAAUCACGAGUACUACAGGGAUGAGCCUCUGAGAACUGUCUCAGAUGGAAAUUUAGGUCAGAGAACUGGCGCAAGUGAUGGGAGUUAUGAUUUACCUUCUGCUUCACAACCAGACGUGUUGAAACAGGAAAAUACUGAAGUAGCAAAUGGAAAUCAAUACACAUUUUCUUCUUCUUCUAACCCGGGUUAUACCUUUGAAAAUGCCCAACAGUUGAACACUGCAUUCCCUCAUUCUCAGACGAGCUCUCAGAUGCAGAAUCUCGCUCCCUUCUCAAGUGUAAUGCAGGGAUAUACAAAUUCGUUACCAAGUACUUUGUUGGCAUCCACUGUUCAACCUGUAAGAGAGUCCGAUCUUCCAUACUCGCCAUUUCCAGUUGCACAAUCAAUGCCUACAAAACACGGCAACACAUUUUCUUCCAUCACUGGUUCAACAAUUUCCAUCUCAGAGGCUUUGAGGACAGCUAAUUUUUCGUCAACUCAGCCUCCUCCACAAACCCUUCCAGGAACCAGCGUUGCCACAGGACCUGCUCUGCCUCAACACCUUGCAGUGCAUCCAUAUUCCCAACCCACUCUUCCUUUGGGACCUUAUACCAACAUUAUUGGCUAUCCUUUCUUGCCUCAGAACUAUACAUAUAUGCCAUCUGCUUUCCAGCAAGCAUUUGCUGGUAACAGCACGUACCAUCAAUCUUUAGCAGCAGUACUUCCACAAUAUAAAAAUAGUGUAUCUGUCAGCAGCUUACCGCAAUCUGCUGCUAUUGCUUCUGGGUAUGGUGCCUUUGGGACUUCAACCAGUGUUCCGGGCAACUUCCCUAUGAAUGCGCCUGCUGCACCUGGUGGCACGACCGUGAGCCAUGAUGAUGUUUUAAGCUCUCACUACAAAGACAACAGUCAUUUGAUCUCUCUUCAGCAGCAGAAUGAGAACCCAGCUAUGUGGGUUCAUGGUCCUGGUUCCAGAACAAUGUCAGCUGUUCCAGCCAGCACAUAUUACAGCUUACAAGGGCAGAAUCAACAACUCGCUGGAUUUCGCCAAGGCCAGCAGCCUUCACAAAAUUAUGGAGCAAUUGGGUACCCAAAUUUUUAUAAUUCUCAGACUGGAAUUUCGAUGGAACAUCAGCAGCAAAACCCUAGAGAUGGUUCCCUUGGUGGCUCUCAAGGCCAACCUUCUAAGCAGCCCCAACAGAUAUGGCAAAACGGCUACUAAUCUAAUCACCUCCAGGUUUUUCAGGGUCUUGUAGCAAGUUUGAAAGUGGCCUAUCGAGGAUUCUUGCGGUUGAAUUGAAUUAGUUUAUAAUGAUCCCAAAGAGAACUUGAAUGGCUGCUGCCCUGUGCCUCGAGUUUGUAUUCUAGGUAUUUAUUUUCAGAUAAUGUAACGUAGGAACACGUGUGCUAAUUUGGAAUCACUGAACUUCAAUUCUCUUUAUGUUCUUUGAAAUUCUUAGCCCCAAUUCCCCUUGCAGUGAGAAACUAUGUUCUGUUCGCACGGUGAGUUAUUAGUUUUUGAUGUUUUCGUCAUUUUUUAACGUACUCUUCCUGUUCCUCAUACUAUUAGUAAUUAAAUUAAUAGCGAAGGCUUUAUUUUGUUGCC